CACAUCUAUAACUUAAGCAUGAAUGACGUGGCGUUACAGUCUUCCCGGUACAUCCUUUGCUGAUGCUUUAAUUUCUGAUGAAGAAACAAACUCAUCAACAUUUUGGGUAGUCUGAGGGUUAAAACAAUUGAUUCUACAAUGGCUAGCUACAGUCCUAAAAGAAUGCCCUUUCAUGAUGAAUCAUCUGUUUCACAUAACAGUGCCUCUGCAAUUACCUGCGCAGAAUCAUCACUGACAACAGAUAUGGCCAUCAUGGUGCAAACAAAGAAAAUAAUGGACGGUGUAAAUGCUAAAAUUCAAACCGUAAAAAACAUUGACCAGCCCAUGACUACAUUAAAAUCCUACAUAGUAGAAGUCAUUUCAAAGAUGGAUCAGAUAGAUAAAGACAACAGAAGGAAAGCAACAAUAGGGAUAUUUGGACAAUCAGGACAUGGAAAGAGCUCCCUAAUAAAUGCAAUCCUGGGAGAAGAGGAUCUACUGCCACCUGGUAGUUUAGGUGCCUGUACAGCUGUUGUUACUCAGGUGGAAGCCAAUCUGGAUGACUCCAACUACACAGCGGAGAUCGAACUCUACUCUAAAGAGGAGUGGGACAAAAUGCUCCAAGUACUUUUCAGAGUUUUGUCAGAUGACAGUGAGGAUAGGGAUGAUGAAAUGUUUGAAAGUGCUAAAGAAAAGAUUACUGCAGUGUAUGGAGAAGAUGCAGAUAAGAAAAAAAUUGAAGAACUUAAAAAAGAUAAAAAAUUUGCUGAAAUCAGCAACUUUUUGUCCGACAGUGAAAAAAUCAUCUCAAAAAGAGAAAGAUCUGACUUUGCCAAUGAAGUUGCAUGUUUCAUACAAUAUAGUGUGGCAAGUCCCGGUGGCUGGUACUGGCCACUUGUAAAGAGUGUGAAAAUCAAGAUUCCAAACUGUGAUGAACUUUUGAAACACAUUGUCCUUCUUGAUCUUCCUGGGAUUGGAGACUGCAAUAAGACUAGAGAAGACCUGUGGAGAUCUAAACUGAGAGAGUGCUCUUCUGUGUGGAUUGUAAGUGAUAUCAAUCGAGCAAUCACUGACAAAGAUCCCUGGGGGAUAUUAAAGCACUGCAUUCAGGACUUGGGACCAGGAGGAGAAUGUAAAAACAUUAGCUUCAUCUGUACAAAGACUGAUGAUAUCCAUCCAGGAGCCUACAUGAGAUGUUCACGGCUGACUAAAGAUGAAAUAGGAAACAAGGAUCAGACAGCAGUGUGCAUACUUCACCGAAACAAAACCACUAAGGAAUCAGUAAAAAAAAAAAUUGAAAGUUUGAAUCCUGGAACCAAAAAACUGAUGGAGAAAAUCAGCACUGAAGUUUUUACUGUAAGCUCCAAGGCAUUUUUCAAGCAAAAUUCAAAUUUGGAACCCACUGAAACAGAAAUACCAAAGUUGCAGGAAGUUCUGAAGAGUAUUAACAGGAGGAUUAAUCAAGAAAUGGCCAGAGGUUACGUCAGUGAUGCAAAGGGAGUGCUGUCCUUGAUCCAGAUUUUUUCACCGAAUACAAACGAAGAAAUGGUUGAGACAAAGGCCAAAGUCCAUGAUAAGCUGGCGAACAAUCUAAAGAAUGCACUGACAGAGUUGGACCGUCAGUUUGAAAAAAAUUUAUGAGGAUCUGGACAUGUGUCUCUCAGAGGGGGUACAAAAAUCAGUG